AUAUGAGACCUAAAUACUGUAGAAUUAUCGCGCUAUUUUGAUAUUCAGGGCCUGACAUGACACAGAGACGGCCAUUGUCACGCUCGUCACGACGCGUUAUGUCGCCAGCGGAUUGUGCGGUUUAUUUGGUCCUUUAAGAUCGUGUUACCUGACAUCUAAGAUGCUGAUUGCCCUGGUGAUAUUUGCAGUUGUUUUUAUCACCUUUCUGUUGUUUGUAAUUCUCUACAUAUACCCAAGCGCCACCCGGGACACAACUGUGCCAGGGCCGCCACCUUCCAGCUCCAGUGAUGGUAACCUGACGGACGUGGAGAUGGCUGGUGGGCUGGGCGAGUACUUGCGCGAGGUGCACGCUCAGUACGGCCCCCUCGUCUCCUUCCACCUGGGCAAGCAGCUGGUGAUCAGCCUCGGCACGUACGAGCUGAUGGAGCAGCAUAGUGGCGCCGCCGAGCGGCCCGAGCUGUACCUCGAGUUUCUGCGGCCGCUGCUAGGGCGCGAGAGUAUCGUGUGGGCGGACCGAGCCGAGACGACGCGCCGCUGGCGGCUCUACCAGCAGGGUUUCUCAGAAGAGUGCCGCGCCGUGUACCGGCAGGCGGCGCGAGAGGCGGCCGGCCGCGUCUCCGAGAAGCUGCAGUCGCUCUCGUCGGAGGAGCACGUGUCGCUGCAGCAGUACACCUCGGCGCUGGCGCUGCACAUCGUGGCCCGCUGCUGCUUCGGACACCACAUGGACGACGAGCACAGCAUGCUCAGCUUCGCGCAGGAGUACGAGAUCGUGACGGCCGAGGUGACGAGCGAGGCGUGCGGUCGCCAGCUGUAUGAGAGCCAGCAGGACCACCUGCUGGAGGCGGCCGCCGCUCUCCGUGACGUGGCCGCCGCCAUCGUCCGCAAGCACCGCCGCGAGAACAAGUCCACGGUGUCGCUGGUGGAGUGGGUGGCCCUCUCGGCUCAGGGCAGUCGGGCCGGCGGCGACUCGGAGGCGCACGUCAGUGACCUGCUGGCCCUCUUCAUGUUCUUCUGCGAAACACUGUCGAGCGGGCUGUGCUGGACGCUGUACUACCUAUCGCAGCACCAGACCGUGCAGGACGCCGUGGUGGCACAGUUGGCCGGAGAGCAGACGGACACCGGGCUGGUGGGCCGCGUCAUCCGCGAGGCCUGGCGCUUGAGCUCGGUGGUGCCGCUGACGGCGCGUUGCUACAGCUCGCCGUCGGCCGUCCAGGGCCACACGCUGCCGGCGCGCACGCCGAUCGUCAGCGCCCUCUGUGUGGCGAACACGGCCGCCGGCUGGGCGCGUGCCGACAGGUUUGACCCGGCCCGAUUCGAGGGCGACACGCCGCCGCUGGAGCUGAACCCGCUGCCAUUCCUCUCCAAACACGACGACAUCGAGGGCGCCUCCAGCCUGUACCAGGAGCUGGUGACAGAGGUGCUGCACGUGCUGCUGACCCCCUCUCAGCUGGAAUUGCUGCCCGACCAGAGCCAGGAGCAGCUGAUGACGCUCGUCACCACGCCGCGCGAGGACGUCUGGGUCUCGGUCAGCCCGCGCUCCGCCGACGCCUAGUCACGUCGGCGUGACGUCACGCUGCCGUGACGUGUGUGCGCGUGGUGAGUGAGGACGGCAGCGCGGGGUGGCGCCGUUGCUGUCAGGAGAGGGCCGGAUGCACCGUGUUCUCGGACGGCGCGCUGCCGGCCGGGCGGGACGCUGCCUGCGCCGGAAGGCGCGCCGCGUGGCCGCCGGCGGGGCGAUCAGGGUGGCACGAAGCCGUCGGACUGGCCUUGCCGUUCGGCCCGGGCACGAAGCCGUCGGACUGGCCUUGCCGUUCGGCCCGGUGGGGCGGACACACGCUCGUGGUCGAGGAUGGUCGGUGAGGGGCGGUUGGGCGGAUACUUACCAGUGUGCUGGUGACGGCCGGCCGUCAGGUGGUUGUCAAACCGGGCAUCGCCCGUGCGUAUCGUGGGCUUGUCGAUCUGUGGGUGUUCCGCUACUGUGCGUAACGAUCGCGAUUCUGUGAGAAUGACUAGCUGGGCGCACUGCCGUGUUUGGUCUGCCCUCGUUUUCUUUGCUCUCCGUUGGGCUCUGCACAUGCUUCGAGUUCGUUGCUCUGUGAUCUGCCUUGCCUAUUUAGCACUUGUGAGUUGUCGUGGCACUUUUGUGCGAAAAGGGUGCAUUAUUUUUGCAAAGGUCGGUGUUGUCAGUGUCGGGAUAUUUUGCGUGUCGCCAUCGCAUCGCCAUAGACAAAUAACAGAGCUGUGCUUCGU